AGUGCUGACGUGGUUGCCAACGUGGCACACCACGUGGCAAAAAUAAUAAUUUUUUAAUUAAAAAAAACCACCUGAAUCUUAAAACAAAAAAAACAAAAAAAAAAAAAAAACAAAACAAAACACCCUAGAACCCUGGGUAAACAUGGGAAUGCCUCGUAAAAGUGAUGGGGGCUCAGCCACAACCUCUGAACCCAGAACUCCCAGAUCUACAUCUUCUUCCAGCAACUCAAGGAGGGCAAAUCUGCUGCGCCCUCGAUUCCAUCCUCGUCAAGCUCGUCUACACCUUCAAAUCCCUCAACGGCGCGAUUGAUUUUCCACCAUCUUCUUCGAGAUUGAUGCCGAUUAGUGCACCCUCCUCUUCGCCAACUGCCUCCAGCUCUCAAAGUCUCCAGGGACGUCAAAUCGACGGUGCACAACCUCGAGGGGAAGACGAACGACCGUUGCAAUUACCUCUCUGCCGUCUGGGUUUUGUUCGAGCCAUGAUUUCCAACGAAAAAGGGCACGAGAAAUCUUCUAAAUUGAAACAGCCCACCGCCUUGCAGCUGCCGCAUUUGUUCUCGGAUCUUCAACCCAGUUCCCCAUUAUUUUCUUCCUCGCCUUUUGUUAGAUUCUCAUCCAAAAAAACAAAAACAAAAAAGUAAAAGGAAACUAACCUGAAGCAUCAAUCGUCUGUUUUCGUGUAUGAAUUGCAGUUGGGUUCUUAGUAUUUAUGGUUUUUAUCUAGGGGAAGUGUAAAAAAUCUCGCUGGCAGAUUGAACCCAAAAAUCUCGGUCUGCAGGGACAAAAAGAUCUUUGCUUAUGGGUUUCUUUUGUUUUGAAUUUUUAAGGUUGUUUGAUGGAUUUGAAGACCUUGGUGAGAUAGAGAUUUUAGAAAAUUUUUGUUUUGAUGGGGGUUUGUUGGAGCAACAAAAUCAAGGCUAAAAGUCUUUUCAAUACAAGUAAUGAGGAAAAAGAAGGGGUGUCGGUUCAGGGAGAAGACGGGGGUGUUGGUUUGAGGAAGAUAGCUGCUGGAAAAUAAAGGGCAGGGCACGGAUGGGGGAAGGAGAAGAGGGUAGGUGUUGCAAAUGAGAGGAGGGUGGGGGUUGGGCUCUAGGCGAGGUGGGUCAGCCAGGUCGGGAUCUGGGUUCUGGGCGAGGUCAUACGCAAGGAGUUAGGUCGCCGAGGGGGGUAGGAAGCAGGGUGAGGUAGCCGGGGGGGGGGGGGGGGGGG